AUGACGCCGAAACGUCAACUCUUAGCAAAUAUCGAUACUAAUCUUGACUACAGCUCGAAGAACUCAUUAAAUAACCAGGUUGGGCGACUACCUGUGGCGAAAGCUAAGCUCGCCGUGGCAGGGCUGCUUAAUUUGGGGAAAAGUCUUUUUGCCACUCCAGCAUAUUCACUGCCUCAGCACCCUGCACACUGGGCCCUUCCGUCUCAGACGUCGGAUGGUAUGGCACCCGGUGAGAGGCGAUCAAAUCUCAGGUUGCUCAGGACGUCAUUGAUUAUGGACCAAGGCGAUACACGCACGACUCGCCAUGGAGACUGUCUCAGACUGUGUACUUACAACACGAGAACAGUUUCCACAGACGUUGAUCUGCAUGCCCUUCUCGGAGCUGCAGAACGCAUCAAAUUUCACGUGAUUGCUCUGCAGGAGACCAAGUGCAGAAGGAGCGACGUACGACAGAUGAAUGACGGUACACUCGUCAUUCGUGGAGAGAAGGUUCCGUCGCGAAAUAUAGGCGGUGUUGGUUUUGUUGUGCACCCAUCUGUCGUCCAUCUUGUCGAAUCUCAUGAGGUCCUGUCACCUCGUCUGGCCAUUCUUCGCUUCCGCCCUCUGCGCCAAAAACCCAUCAGUAUCAUCAACUGCUACUCGCCAACAUCAGCAGCUGAUGAUUCCGAAUUGGACGCGUUUUACGGGGAGUUGGAGGAAGUAAUCCGCAACGAGAAGUCCUACAAAUUCGUUGUCGGAGACUUCAACGCAAAACUAGGGAAGGCCACAGAAGAGGGUUACAGCAUUGGAAGAUUUGGAGUAGGGUAG